UUCCUUCCCUCUCUCAACAUUUAUCGGAAAUCUUGCUCCCAGGAUAACUACAAUCAAACAGCACUUCAGGAAAGCGUAGCGUCUUUUGCAACAUGACCUGUGCAAAUACAAAUCACCCGAAAGCCCGGAUAAUGACUACCACUCUAGUAGUGACACAGCAUGUUUUGAGAGAGGACAGGGGGACAGAGGGGAAUUAUCUCCUGUAUGGAUCCACUGCAUCUGAGGUGACUGAAGAAACUGAAUAUAUCAAACAGAUUAGAUCAACACUAGCAAAAGUUCAGCCUCUGCUGUGUAGAAAUGACUCGAGUCAUGGGGCUGGAAACAUCAUGCUGGAUUCAAAGCCAUAUUCUGAAGGAUCUGAAUUGCAACCUGAUCACAACGCCCUCUCCUCCAGCUACAAGGAGACCGUGGAAAAGAUGAACAAAGCAGAACAGGAACUGUCACGUGUGAAUAAGGAAAACGAAGUUUUAAAGAUCAAGCUUGACGCUUUGAGAGCAGCGGGCAUGGAGACUAUGAAGAACGUGUCGCAUAAACUCCAGGAGGAUUACAAGAAGCGCUCGGAAGAGCUCAAGAAAAGGCACGAAGGGGCUAUUCACGUAAUGAAGGCCCGCAAGCUUGAGCAAGAACAAAAGUUGCAACAAAGCACAGACCAUCUCAGUCAGCUGAACGUGCAACUGCAUGAGAAGUACACCCAGAUUGAAGAACUGGAGAAACGGGUGCAAAGGAUGGAAGAGGAGAAGAAAACACUGAAAGAAAAGAAGCGUUGUUUAAAGAAGAAACUACAAGAGAUGAUGUCAAAUGCUGAAAAUAUCUCAAGCUGUGUGAAAGUUCAGACAGAGAUCUCGACACUUCAGGAGCAAAUUAGCCACUUGGAGCACAUGAUCCAUUCUCAGCACCAAAGCUUACACGGUGUGAUUCAACAGAUUGAAGAACUGAACAAUGAACUGAAACAACAAGAUGAAAGAAUAGAAGGGCUGAAAGAAAAGAUUGAGAUACUCCAAGCAAAGAACAAAGAACUAAAGUACAAAGUGGAAUUCUAUUCCAGCCAGUCGAGACCAAAGGCCUCUAAAGCUGUUUCAGCAAAGCUUGAUGGAUGUACACCAUACACCAUGAUUUCCAGACUCCAUAAGUGAAGCAUCUCUAUGAAGCA